AUGUCCAUGAUCACGGCUGCGCAAUGGGUCCCGCGGGGCUUUGCGGCACCGUUUCCGCAAAAGUAUACCUUGGACGAGGCCGAGUAUGAAAGGAUAGCCGCGCUGGCCAAGCUACAGCUCGACGACGCAGAGGAGGAUCUCAAAGAGGCGGAAGAAAACGACGGCCAAGAUGCGAGGGGAGAUGAAAUGCACACGGACAAUGUCGAGUCGGGAAACAAGGAAAACUUCGACGACGAUGACCUGAAGGAGUACAACUUAGAAAACUACGAUGACGACGAGGACGAAGAAGCCGGGACGCAAGACGAAGGGGAAACUAUGGGAAUGUUUGGAAACGUUCGUUCCCUCGCCUACUACGGAUCCAACAACGAUGAUCCAUACAUUACGCUGAAAGGCGGCGACGAGGAGGAUGAGGACCGAGAGGACUUGCAAAUCUUGGCCACCGACAACCUCAUCUUGUCGGCUAAGGUCGAGGACGAGCUGGCACACCUCGAGGUCUACGUGUUUGAAGACGACAGCGACAACCUCUACGUGCACCACGACAUCAUGCUCCCGGCGAUUCCGCUGAGCCUCGAGUGGAUCGACAUGCCUGUCGGCAAGACGAGCGCCGACAAGGCGGCGACGGGCAACUUUGUUGCCAUCGGAACCAUGGAUCCGGACAUUGAGAUAUGGGACCUCGACACCAUCGACACCAUGUACCCGAAUGCGAUCCUGGGACAAGGCGCCAACGCCGAGGCGGGCGAGGGAAAGAAGAAGGGCAAGGGCAAGAAGAAGAAGGGCAAGAGGGCCAACGACGAGUACCACGUGGACGCGGUACUCUCGCUGGCUGCCAAUCGGAAACACCGCAACUUGCUGGCGUCAGCGUCGGCGGACAAGACAAUUAAGCUGUGGGAUCUCAACACCACAAAGUGCGCCAAGUCGUACGCGUACCACACGGACAAGGUGUGCUCGCUAGCCUGGCACGCAGCCGAGCCGACGGUGCUACUAAGCGGCAGCUACGAUCGGACCAUCGUCGCGGCGGACAUGAGAGCGCCGGACGCAAAGGUGCCGCGCUGGGGGGUUGAGAGCGACGUCGAGAACGUACGGUGGGACCCUCACAACCCCAACCUAUUUUUCGUGUCGACGGAGAAUGGAGCGGUGCAUUACCAUGAUGUGCGCAACGCGCCACGGAACCCGGAGUCGACCAAAUCUGUGUGGACGCUGCAGGCGCACGACGAGUCGGUGUCGUCGUUUGACAUCAACAGCGUGAUCCCAGGCUUCAUGGCGACUGGGUCGACGGACAGGACGGUCAAGCUGUGGAACAUUGGGCCAACGGGCCCGUCAAUGGUGGUAUCCCGCAACCUGGACGUGGGUAAGGUGUUUGCGACGACGUUUGCGCCGGAUGCCGAGGUGGCGUUCCGACUGGCCGUGGCCGGCAGCUCGGGAAGCAUGCACGUGUGGGACACGAGCACGAACGCUGCGGUGCGGAAGCUCUUUGCGCAGCGGAUGGCCGGGCAGGGCGACGAGGCGGUGGAGGACCGGCUGAUUGGGGUGGACGACGACGAGAGCAGCUCGAGCGACGAGGGGGAGGACCAAGAAGGCGAGCAGGGGGAGGACGGAGACUCGAUGGACGAGGAUUGA